UCUCUCUGGGGAGAGAGAGGAGGGGGGCCCUGCCUCUAAAAUGAGUCUCUCUGGGGAGAGAGAGGAGGGGGGCCCUGCCUCUAAAAUGAGUCUCUCUGGGGAGAGAGAGGAGGGGGGCCCUGCCUCUAAAAUGAGUCUCUCUGGGGGACAUGACACCAAAGCUAAGAGUCCAAUCAAGCAGGAGAGACCAGCCUCCCCUGUACCCAGCUGUGUGUCCAUGAAGAGUGACUGGUCUAUGGUUCAACCUAUAUUCUUCAGAGAGGGAGACUUUUAUACUGAACAAAGAAACCAACAGGAGAGAUCAGAGUCAGAGAUUCUCAGUUGUCAGUCUUCCCAGAGUCAUCAAACAGACCUGGCCUCCAUAUUCAGUUUGCUUGAAGAGAAUAUUAUGACAUUUGUGAAGAACGAGCUGAAGAUGUUCAAGAGGAAUCUUAGUCCAGAACUCCCAGAAGGCUUUGAGAGUCAGAAGCAGGAUAAGGAAGUGGUGGAUGCUGAAGAUGAGAAGCAGGAGAGCAGUGCCAGAGAGGGGGCUCUGAAGAUCACACUGCACAUCCUGAGGAAAAUGAACCAGAAGGAGCUUGCUGACACACUGGAGAAAUAUGAACUUGCUGUGAUUUGCCAACGUGAACUCAAAUCUAAUCUAAAGAAGAAGUUUCAAUGUGUAUUUGAGGGGAUCGCUAAACAAGGAAACCCAACACUUCUCAAUAAGAUCUACACAGAGCUCUACAUCACAGAGGGUGGAACAGGAGAUGUCAAUAAUGAACAUGAGCUGAGACAGAUUGAGACAACAACCAGGAAACAAGCAAGACCAGAGACUGCAAUCAAAUGUAACGACAUCUUCAAACCCUUAACUGGACAAGACAAACGAAUCAGAACUGUGCUGACAAAGGGAGUCGCUGGCAUUGGAAAAACAGUCUCUGUGCAGAAGUUCAUUCUGGACUGGGCUGAAGGAAAAGCAAAUCAGGAUGUCCAAUUUGUAUUUUCAUUCCCUUUUCGGGAGCUGAAUUUGAUGAAAGAGAACAAACACACUUUCAUUGAACUUCUUAAUCACUUCUCAAUGGAAACCAAAGAAUCAAGAAUCUCCAACAAGUACAAAGUUCUGUUCAUCUUUGAUGGUCUGGAUGAGUGCCGACUGCCCCUAGACUUCAAGAAUAACAAGAUCUGUUGGGACGUCACAGAGUCAACCUCAGUGGAUGUUCUGCUGACAAAUCUCAUCAAGGGAAAUCUGCUUCCCUCUGCUCUCCUCUGGAUAACUACCCGACCUGCAGCAGCCAAUAAGAUCCCUUCAAUGUGUGUUGACCAGGUGACAGAGGUACGAGGGUUCAAUGACCCACAGAAGGAGGAGUACUUCAGGAAGAGAUUCAGUGAUGAGGACCUGGCCAGCAGAAUCAUCUCACACAUAAAGAAAUCAAGGAGCCUCCACAUCAUGUGCCACAUUCCAGUCUUCUGUUGGAUUUCUGCAAUAGUCCUUGAACAGAUGCUGAAACAUAAGAGAGAAGAGAUGCCCAAGACUCUGACUGAGAUGUACACACACCUUGUGGUGUUCCAUACCAAACAGAAGAAUGAAAAGUAUCCUGGGAAAGAAGAGACAGGUCCACACUGGAAUGAAGAGAGCAUUCUGUCACUGGGAAAACUGGCUUUUCAACAGCUUGUGAAAGGCAAUCUGAUUUUCUAUGAAGAAGAUCUGAAAGAGGCUGGCAUUGAUGUCAAUGAAGCCUCAGUGUACUCAGGAUUGUGCACACAGCUCUUUAAAGAGGAAUGUGGGCUGUACCAGAACAAGGUGUACUGCUUUGUUCAUCUGAGCAUUCAGGAGUUUCUGGCUGCUGUAUAUGUGUUCCUCUCAUUCAUCAACAAUAAUGAGAAUCUAUUGGACAAACUGCAAACAAAGUCCAGUAUCUUUUCUUUGCUGUUCAAAGACAAGUCUGCUGUUACUUUCUACAAGAGUGCUGUGGAUAAAGCCUUACAAAGUGAGACGGGAAACCUGGACCUUUUCCUCCGCUUCCUUCUGGGCCUCUCACUGGAGUCGAAUCAGAAGCACUUACGAGGUCUACUGACAAAGACAAGAUGCAGCUCACAGAGCCAUGAAGAAACAAUCAAUUACAUCAAGGAGAAGCUCGGGGAGAAUCUCUCUCCAGAGAGGUGCAUCAAUCUGUUCCACUGUCUGAAUGAACUGAAUGACCAUUCUCUAGUGGAGGAGAUCCAAAGCUACCUGAGAUCAGGAAGUCUCUCAAAACCCAAACUGUCACCUACACAGUGGUCAGCUCUGGUCUUUGUGUUGCUGACUUCAGAAAAGGAGCUGGAUGUGUUUGACCUGAAGAAAUACUCCAGAUCAGAGGAAGGUCUUCUGAGGCUGAUGCCAGUGGUCAAAGCCUCCAGAGCUGCUCUGCUGUCAGGCUGUGGAGUCACAGAGGAAGGCUAUGCUUCUCUGGUCUCAGCUCUGAGGUCAAACCCCUCACACCUGAGAGGGCUGGAUCUGAGUAACAAUGACCUGAAGGAUUCAGGAGUGAAGCUGCUCUCUGCUGGACUGGGGAAUCCCCACUGUAAACUGGAGACUCUGAGUCUGUUAGGCUGUCUAGUCACAGAGGAAGGCUGUGCUUCUCUGGUCUCAGCUCUGAAGUCAAACCCCUCACACCUGAGAGAGCUGGACCUGAGUAACAAUGACCUGAAGGAUUCAGGAGUGAAGCUGCUCUCUGCUGGACUGGGGAAUCCCCACUGUAAACUGGAGACUCUGAGGCUGUCAGGCUGUGGAGUCACAGAGGAAGGCUGUGCUUCUCUGGUCUCAGCUCUGGAGUCAAACCCCUCACACCUGAGAGAGCUGGACCUGAGUAACAAUGACCUGAAGGAUUCAGGAGUGAAGCUGCUCUCUGCUGGACUGGGGAAUCCCCACUGUAAACUGGAGACUCUGAGGCUGUCAGGCUGUCAAGUCACAGAGGAAGGCUGUGCUUCUCUGGUCUCAGCUCUGAGGUCAAACCCCUCACACCUGAGAGAGCUGGACCUGAGCUACAAUCACCCAGGAGACUCAGGAGUCAGACUGCUCUCUGCUGGACUGGAGGAUCCACACUGCAGACUGGAGAAACUCAAGCUGUCAGGCUGUAGAGUCACAGAGGAAGGCUGUGCUUCUCUGGUCUCAGCUCUGAGGUCAAACCCCUCACACCUGAGAGAGCUGGACCUGAGUAACAAUGACCUGAAGGAUUCAGGAGUGAAGCUGCUCUCUGCUGGACUGGGGAAUCCCCACUGUAAACUGGAGACUCUGAGGCUGUCAGGCUGUCUAGUCACAGAGGAAGGCUGUGCUUCUCUGGUCUCAGCUCUGAGGUCAAACCCCUCACACCUGAGAGAGCUGGACCUGAGCUACAAUCACCCAGGAGACUCAGGAGUCAGACUGCUCUCUGCUGGACUGAAGGAUCCACACUGCAGACUGGAGAAACUCAAUGUGGAACAUGGUGGAGAGAACACAAUGAAACCUGGGCUUAGAAAAUAUGUCUGUGAUCUCACACUGGACCUAAACACAGUAGACAGACUCCUCUCUCUGUCUGAGGAGAACAGAAAGGUGACAUGGAGGAGAGAGAAGCAGCCGUAUCCUGACCACCCAGAGAGAUUUGAGGACCGUAGACAGGUGCUGUGUAGAGAGGGUCUGACUGGGCGCUGUUACUGGGAGGUAGAGUGGAGUGGGAUAAUGGGGGCUGUUAUAGGAGUGACAUAUAAAGGAAUCAGCAGGAGAGGAAGGGUUAACGACUGUUGUCUUGGAUACAAUGACAAGUCCUGGAGUCUGUUCUGCUCUGAUUACAGUUACACUGCCUGGCACAAUAAUAAUCAGACUGCCAUAGACGUCCCCUCCUCCGGCUCCCACAGAGUAGGAGUGUAUCUGGACUGGCCAGCCGGCACUCUGUCCUUCUAUAGAGCCUCCUCUGACACACUGACCCACCUGAUCACAUUCACCUCCACAUUCACUGAGCCCCUCUAUCCAGGGUUUAGUGUUUGGUAUGGCAACUCAGUGUCCCUCUGUCAGUGAUACACACACACACACACUGGACACACACAGGACACACUGGACACACACACACACACACACAGUGGACACAAACGUGUGAGCGUCUUCCUAUAGUUGUGACCCACGUUUCCUCGUUAACCGUUAAGGUAGUUGAGGUAAUAAUGAGACUAUAAGGAGUACCAGUACUGAGUCAAUGUGCAGGGUACCAGGUAGUUGAGGUAAUAAUGAGACUAUAAGGAGUACCAGUACUGAGUCAAUGUGCAGGGUACCAGGUAGUUGAGGUAAUAAUGAGACUAUAAGGAGUACCAGUACUGAGUCAAUGUGCAGGGUACCAGGUAGUUGAGGUAAUAAUGAGACUAUAAGGAGUACCAGUACUGAGUCAAUGUUCAGGGGUACCAGGUAGUUGAGGUAAUAAUGAGACUAUAAGGAAUACCAGUACUGAGUCAAUGUGCAGGGGUACCAGGUAGUUGAGGUAAUAAUGAGACUAUAAGGAGUACCAGUACUGAGUCAAUGUGCAGGGUACCAGGUAGUUGAGGUAAUAAUGAGGCUAUAAGGAGUACCAGUACUGAGUCAAUGUGCAGGGGUACCAGGUAGUUAAGGUAAUAAUGAGGCUAUAAGGAGUACCAGUACUGAGUCAAUGUGCAGGGGUACCAGGUAGUUGAGGUAAUAAUGAGACUAUAAGGAGUACCAGUACUGAGUCAAUGUGCAUUG